AUGGUCGGCGGUGGAUUUAUGACGUUGAAGUCGAAUACCAGACAAGAAAAAGAUCUCAUUCAUCCGGACACUGUUUGGAUUCACGACAGAGUGAAAAAAUUCGAUCCAAAGAGGAACGCCGUAAAAUUGUCAAAUGGUGAUGAAGUAACCUAUGACUAUAUGAUAUUGGCUACAGGUGUACAGCUACGUUGGGACAUGGUAAGGUUUCAUGAGAAGCAAGCGUUAGUUAAAGGACUUCCAGAAGCUUUAGAUACACCGGGAGUCUGCUCAAACUAUUCACCAUUCCACUGCGAAAAAACCUUCAAAGAACUGAACAGUGUGACGUCUGGAAAUUGUGUGUUUACUUUUCCAAAAACACCAAUUAAAUGUGCUGGUGCUCCACAAAAGGUCUGCUACUAUGGUGAACAAAUCGUCCGUGAUCGCGGUUAUCGCAAGCAUACUCAUUUUAUUUAUGCGACAUCAUUGAGUCGACUUUUCGGUGUCGAGGCGUAUUUGAGUGCGCUGAACAAAGUGGCGCGUGAGAAGGAUAUCGAGGUGCGAACCCGCCACAAUUUAAUAGAGGUGGACGCGGAUAGAAAGGUAGCCAAAUUCGAACUUCUCGACGAAAACUGCCAACCAAAUGGGGAGUUCGACGAAAUUCCAUCGAAAAACUUCCCAAAUAUUUUCGCCGCUGGGGACUGCAUGAACACACCAAACGCGAAGACGGCGGCUGCAGUGUCGAGUCAUUUGAAGACGGUCGGGAAAAACUUGAAGGCCGUCCUAGAGGGACGAGAACCGCCAGCUACGGUAUGUUGCCAAUAUAGCAUUAAAAUGUAA